CAAGUUUCCUUUUCUGCGCGCGAUGGUUCAACAUCAUCGCACGAGACACGGACAUGCUCCGUUCUGGACAUCGUCUUCCAAAGCCUGGCGUGCAAAAUGAGCGUGCACGGCCUCGAGAUCCGACGGGCAGUCAGGUGAAACCUCGCCGGGCACUAGACAACGCAUAGGACCGGGCCUCGGGAUCAGGUGCUAGUUGAUACGGACAGAAGGCCCAUCGAUGGACGCAGGCACUGUAGCAGAAGCAGCAGAACCAGUUCGUUUCAGGGCUGGAUAGGGUAAAACGAGACCUCUUCUCAAAAUGUCGUAGGCUGCGUGACGCCGCCGUGAUGGACUAUAAUGAAAGAUGAGAUGGAUGUCGGCAUCGACAAAAAUGAAAUCGGCACUUGGCAAGACACAGGUCGAAGGGGAGCAAAUCACGAGCGUGCCUCGUUGCACGCUCGACGCGCUUCUAGCGUAGGGCUCCACCGGAAGGCGUGUGGGCCAAGCAGCCGGAUUCUCUAUCCGCCGAUGCCAGGCCGUGACUCGACCACACCCGUGACCGAGAGCACGUCACGGUGUUUACGCGGUGUUUACGCGUUCUGUAAACCGGCACACCACGGCCACUUGUUCGUCGCGAAAACCCGAUGCCGGGCCCGUCCAACUCCAGGCGAAAGGGGAAAAGAAACCCGAGGGUGCAUGCGAAACCGCGCCUGUCGCUAGAAAGCACCUCCUCCGCCACGACCAGCGACUCUCAACUCGAGGUCCGAACGCCAUCCCCCGUCGAACCGCUCGUGCACGACCGGGAGCCUGUCUUCCACAUGGAUGGCAACGAGGAGCAUGUCUUCGCGCCCUCGCUUCUUCCCCAAAAGCCCUUCAUACAUGACCCCGGCAACGGCCAUCGCGUCCGCGACACCCGCGCGUUCUUGACGUCCUUCUUCGCGCAACCGCCUGCCUGGGACGACCCAUUAUGUGCCGAGUUCGCGCAGGACGAGAUUCUCGAGAUGUUGUGCACCGUGCUACCGGAAGAGACCGCGUUGAUCUUGUGGUAUAACAAGAGCAGGUCCACCAGUCGGAUAUGCCCCGCUUGCCAACGACUAUACCGUCUGGGAGACAUCUUACCCGGCCACACGGACUCGGAUGUCGAGGAAGACCCAUCGGAACAACCUCCGUUACCCCAGCUCGAACGCGAGCAGGAGAUUAGUGGGCUUUGCUCCACUGUUUGUUUCGUUCUCGCCUCGUAUAAUUAUCCCGGGGCCAUAAAGUCAGCAUGGGGCCACCUCGCAGAAGACAUGGACGAGGGAGCGUGGACGCUCUUGAACAGCGCAGGAAAGGGAGCCGUCGACUCGCAGGUCAGCUUGGGGCUCGGCAUGCUCGUGCGCAUGACCCGGUUGCAAGACCUCGGACUGGCGCAGUUGUGUGUCCCCGAGAUGGAAUUUGAUGACGACGACGAUAUGACAGCGAUGAACCACGUAUAACGGACGCGUAAUAUUGCAUUGCAUUACUUGUAUAUCUUGCCCACCGCAUCUUCAACCAAGAACUUGGUAUACAACCUGUGCAGGAAAGCGAUCGGCUCCGGCAUCUUCGCGUCACUCUUGCCCUCGCCCUGGAAGAACACACACGUGAACUCGAAUUCAGCCACGCCCUCGUCCGGCUUCACGGUCGCGGUGAGCUCGAUGAUCCCAUCCGUGGUGCGGACGCCGUGAAUGCGUGGAGAGUCACCACAGCGUAAGCCUAUGGAGUUUGGUUCGCGCCAGAGUAUCUCGAAGUGGUCUGUGAUAUGUUGGCCGACUGGAUAGGUCGACUCGGAGAGUU